UUUCUAUCCUCUUUUCUUCUUAAAAAAAAAACUAUCUAAUAUUCUCUCGAUUUUUCCGUUUCUUUUGCUUCCAAUUCCCAAACAUUCAUUUCCAAACAGACCCAUUAAGGUGUUGGUAUCUUGAAUUGAAGUGAAGCAUCUGGAUUUGUAUGAUUAGAAGGAAUUUAAUUUAAAUACAGUGUCUUUAAUUUGAUAAGCAUCAUGUCAAUGGGAACUUGUGAGGCAGUGCUGCAAGUUUUAUCUGGGGCUGUCCCUCGGCUUUUAAGUAGUGAUCUGUGUUCUAGCAAUUCGGAUUUUGUAUUUUCUUCUAAAUAUCACAUUAGGUCCGUGAAGAAAAAAGGCUCAAGGUAUUUGCAAUCUCUGAAGUGUUCAAGUAUGAUGAGAUGUCAAAUAGGAAGCUAUAAGUGUACACGAUUAGUUGGUGGUUUGGAUGCAAAUACAGCCAUUGACAGAUUGAAGCUUCUUAGUUGUAAAUGCCAGCAGGCUGACCGUGUGAGUGGAGUAGGUAUGGGUGACGGAAAUGGAGCAUGGUUUGUGGAUAAUGCAAAGAAAUUGAAUCUUAAUGGAUCAAUAAACUCACCAAAUGUUCUGGAAUUUGAGGAUGUUGAGCAGUUGAAGAGGGAAAAAGAAGUGUCGACAUCAAAUGGUACAGCUGGAACAGGCACGAGUACCUUUCACAAGGCUAGUGUAGAUUCUAUCGAGGAUGAAGCGUGGGGGUUACUGCAGGAUUCUAUGGUUUACUAUUGUGGCAGUCCUAUUGGAACAGUUGCAGCCAAUGACCCCACAAGUUCCAAUGUAUUAAAUUAUGAUCAAGUCUUUAUUCGGGACUUUAUACCUUCUGGUAUUGCUUUUCUAUUGAAGGGAGAGUAUGACAUUGUUCGGAACUUCAUUCUCCAUACACUUCAGUUGCAGAGCUGGGAAAAAACGAUGGACUGUCACAGCCCCGGUCAGGGAUUGAUGCCUGCAAGUUUUAAAGUGCGCACAGUUCCUCUUGAUGGUGAUGAUUCAGCAACAGAGGAGGUAUUGGAUCCUGACUUUGGAGAGGCAGCUAUUGGCCGUGUUGCUCCUGUUGAUUCUGGAUUGUGGUGGAUUAUAUUAUUACGGGCAUAUGGAAAAUGCUCUGGUGAUCUUUCUGUUCAGGAGAGAGUUGAUGUUCAAACUGGAAUCAAGAUGAUUCUGCGGCUAUGCAUUGCUGAUGGUUUUGAUAUGUUUCCUACAUUACUGGUGACAGAUGGUUCUUGUAUGAUAGAUCGCCGCAUGGGAAUUCAUGGACACCCUCUAGAAAUUCAGGCACUUUUCUAUUCUGCAUUAUUAUGCGCACGAGAAAUGCUUACUCCGGAGGAUGGAUCAGCUGAUCUUAUUCGAGCACUGAAUAAUCGUCUGGUUGCUUUGUCAUUUCAUAUCAGAGAAUAUUAUUGGAUUGAUAUGAGAAAACUUAAUGAGAUUUAUCGUUACAAGACUGAAGAGUAUUCAUAUGAUGCUGUUAAUAAGUUCAAUAUUUAUCCGGAUCAAAUUUCUCCUUGGUUGGUAGAAUGGAUGCCUAAUAAAGGAGGCUACCUAAUUGGGAACUUACAACCAGCUCACAUGGAUUUCAGAUUCUUUUCUCUUGGAAAUUUGUGGGCUGUUGUGGGUGGUCUUGCAACAACUGAUCAGUCACAUGCUAUAUUGGAUCUUAUUGAAGCUAAAUGGGCAGAUUUGGUGACAGACAUGCCAUUUAAGAUCUGUUAUCCGGCUCUUGAAGGUCAGGAGUGGCAAAUCAUUACAGGCUGUGAUCCCAAGAACACACCUUGGUCCUACCACAAUGGUGGUUCCUGGCCAACUCUACUCUGGCAGCUCACAGUGGCAUGCAUAAAGAUGAAUAGACCAGAAAUUGCUGCAAAAGCUGUUUCAGUUGCUGAGAAACGUAUAUCUAGAGACAAAUGGCCCGAGUACUAUGAUACCAAGAAAGCAAGGUUUAUUGGAAAACAAUCACGCCUGUUCCAGACCUGGUCUAUUGCAGGUUAUCUCGUGGCAAAACUUCUGCUUGCAGACCCAAAUGCAGCAAAAAUUUUAACAACUGAAGAGGAUUCUGAACUUGUCAAUGCCUUCUCCUGCAUGAUCAGUGCUAACCCAAGAAGAAAACGCGGUCCAAAGAGCUUGAAGCAGACAUACAUAGUAUGAGUUAUCUAAAUUGUGUGCAUACCUGAUUUAUGGUACAUUUUAUUGUCUCUAACGGCCAUAAUUUGGAAUUGGCUAUUGAAGUGUAAUAUGAGUGUCAUUUUUCCUUUCAUUUAUUUGAUCAGGUAUGAAUGUGUGCAUACCUGAUUCAUGUAUCAUAAUACUUAUGAAAAGAUUGUUUUUUUCUGACUUAGGCUAAUAGGUAAUACUCAAGCAUAUUGUUAUGCUCCUAUGGACUAUCGGAAAUGUUCAUUUGUCAAACUGUUAUAUAUAUGAAUAUAGUGAAUUUCUCUCAAGUGUUUAAUUGUAAAUCAU